UGAAGCUUUCAGUCUCUGUAGUCUCUUAACAGUCAAACCUCAAAUGGGUUGCUGUGUCAGCACAAACAAGACUCCUUCGGCGAAAACAGUUGAGGCAGAGGCGAACUCUUAUGCCAAAGCAGCAGCAGGAAUUAGCAAAGCUCCUCCACCUCCUCCUUUGGAAGAGGAGACAGUGAAGGAAGUGCUCUCAGAGACUCCUACACCAAAACCCUCUUUCCGUAAUGUGGAAACCCAAGAGAUUCCUUCGCCCUCUUUCCUCAAGAUCGAAACAGAUAAGCGUUCUUCCCCACCUACUCCUCCUCCCUCUUUUCCCAUUAAGCUUGAAGAAGCUACCAACAUGGGGAAGAAAACAACUUUGACUCCUGAUCCAGCAGUAGAAGAGAUCUCUGAAGUCUCGGACAUGUGUAGCUUGAGCGAGAGCUUGUCCACUACAACGAUUGGGGAAGGACGCGUUGACGAUGGCGAGGUCCGGCAGAGGGUUGACAGAUCUCCGGCUAAGCUCCCCAGGAAACUACUUGUCGGCGGGGAGUUCAUCGGAAGGACAGAAAGAAGAGAGAAGAAAACAACUUUGUCUCCGGCGAGAAGGUUCGACCAAUCGCCUAGUAGGAGAGAUGACAACAAUGCCAUGAAAUCAUCUCAGGUUCGUCAUCAUCACAGCACUAGGGACAUGCGUGGUGCCGGUGCUGCUUAUACUAACAGACGACGAAUCCCAGAUCCAGGUGAGGGUUUGGGGAGGAGAUCGAGGUCUCCGGCGCCACGGCACGCUUUUGGGCGGAGCCCAUCAACGAGGGGCGUGAGGUCACCAGGACGAAUCCCUGCUUUGGGUCCGGAAAACGGACGGAAACCAGAGGAAUCGAAGGUAGACGAAGGGAAUUGCAAUUGGCCCACGAACGAGUCCCUCGAGAACCCCCUUGUCUCUUUGGAAUGCUUUAUCUUUUUGUAGAGAAAUACUAAGAAAAAAAAAUUAGCAGAUUAGUAGUAUAUGAUAUUAGGUUGUUUCCUUCUUUACUUUGUUUAUAAAUACUAUCAUCUAUUCCUGAAUCUUGAUACCAAUAGAAUUCAAUGUGGGUUGUCUUGGUGGAG